AUGCUUCUCCGAGCAGCCCUUGCACGAUCAUCACAAACGCGUCUCCUCUCGACCAUGACGCACACCGGCCCCGCGGCAGACAUAAAGCGGCUCACCGUCUUCGGUGCCGGGCUCAUGGGCGCGGGCAUAGCGCAAGUCGCAGCCCAGGCCGGGAUCGAGGUGACGCUGACCGACGUGACGGACAAGGCAUUGGCCGUGCCGCGCGUAGCGAAGAAACUGGCCCCGGAGGACGUGGACGGUUUCUCGGCCCGCGUGCUCGGGAACAUCCGCACGACGACGGAUCCCGCCACAGCAGUGAAGGACGCGCAGGUCGUUCUCGAGGCGAUUGUCGAGAAGUUGUCGGCCAAGCAGGACCUGUUCGCAUCGUUGGACUCGCUGGCACCGCCCACAGCCGUGUUCGCAAGUAAUACCUCUGGCCUCCUCAUUUCCGAGAUUGCAGCCAAGGUCUCGCCCGAACGUAAGAGGCGCUUUGGCGGAUUGCACUUUUUCAAUCCUGUCCCAGUCAUGAAACUCGUCGAAGUGCCCCGGACUCAGGAAAUCAGCGAGGAGAGCUUUGAGUUGUUGUAUGAUUUGGCCAAGCGACUGGGCAAGACUCCCGUCAAGUGUAAAGACACGCCGGGGUUUAUCAUGAACCGGCUCAACGUGCCGUAUAAACACGCGACGGCAGAGGACAUUGAUACCGCUAUGAAGCUCGGGGCGGGAUACCCCAUGGGGCCGCUUGAGUUGUUCGACCUGACCGGGAUCGACACGACACAUUACCUCACCCUCGGAUGGCAGGAGUAUGCGAAGCGCGGACUCCUGCCUGCGGAGCUCGUUGCUCCGACCAAGAUGAUGGCCGACAUGGUCGAGAAGGGAGAGAUCGGACGUAAAUCUGGCAAGGGCUUCUAUGACAAGGAGAGCAGGGACGCCAAGUUGUGA